CCAGUCUUCGUCCGGCCGUGCGCUCCGACGCGUCGCCCCCCAAUACAAUAUCUAAAAAAAACAGUAUAUAAACCAAUUAAAAAAUAAAUAAAUAAAUCAAUCGAGUGAGAUAUAUAAAACUGUUUUUGAAGAAAAAAUUAAAUUGUGUGGAUUUCUUUAACGAAUUGGGAUAUUUUUAAAUGGCUUUCUUGCGUUCGGCCCUCCGCCUCGGAGCCCAUCACGGCGACCGGUUCGUUUGUAGCCGUUUCGGCGCCUCCUCCACAACGGCCUCCACAUUCGAUCACCAUAGACGCCACAAAUCGACCGCCGCCGUUCUUCAACCAUCCCAAACGUCAUCGUCGUCACCGAAAGAUCCCCUCGAUAUCACAUUCGAAGAUGCUAAAGCGGCCUUCAAGAGCAAGACAACGUGGGAACUCCUCAGGGCGUACAUCGUCUACACGCUAUGCUCAUUCGAAACACUCGUGGAACACAACAUGAAGAUUAUGAAGUUCGCCCGAUCGGUAAUGGGCGAACGAUUCUUCAUCUGGUUCAUGAAGGGCACGUUUUAUGGUCAUUUCGUCGCUGGAGAGGACCAAUACAAAAUCAGACCGUGCUUAGAACGGCUCCGAUCGUUUGGGGUCAAACCGAUUCUCGAUUACUCGGUGGAGGAGGAUUUAUCUCAAGAGGAAGCUGAAAAACGCGAAGUUGAGGCUUCCGUUCCGGAAGCUGGUGAUACGGUCGAUCAGGACUCUUUGAAACAGUACCACGUCGCGAAAACCUUCGCCGAUCGACGUUAUAAGGUCCAAUCGGCCCGAACUUAUUUCUACUUGAACGAAGCAACUUGCGAAAGAAAUAUGGAAACGUUUUUGCAAUGCUUGGAAGCGGUUGCAGAGUACGAUUAUAAAUCCGGAUUGCAUAAGGACCUUAACCGCUGCGCAACAUACGGUACCGGAAUCACCGCGAUUAAACUUACAGCUUUAGGUAGACCGCAAUUAUUGCUCCAACUCUCAGAGGUAAUCAUGAGAUCUCGUAGGUACAUGACGGAAAUGGUUGGUGGCGAAGGAAACGUUCUCUCCCAUCACAUGACCCGGCAAGAUCUUGAGGCGAAAAUUAAAGCUGCUAAGAUCACCGAUCAAGCCUCCGUACAGAAGUUCCUCGAUAACCUCACAUCCGAUAGCAAAGGUAUUCUCCAUUUGUUCCCUUGGUCUGGAAUUAUCGAUGAAAACCAAGAAUUAAACACCACCUUCCGCGUUCCGGAUUUAAAAACGGGACGAAUGGCGAGAUUAAUCACCCAAUUGUCGCCGAAGGAAGAGGAGAUGUUUAAGAAUAUGAUUAGAAGGUUAAAUACGAUAGUGAAAGCCGCUCAAGAUAUGGAUGUGAGAGUGAUGGUCGACGCCGAACAAACCUAUUUUCAACCGGCCAUCUCACGUAUUACCCUCGAAUUUAUGCGAAAAUACAACAAAGAUAAAGCGAUCGUUUUUAAUACUUACCAAUGUUAUUUAAGUGAGGCGUUUAACGAAGUUUCGACCGAUUUGGAGCAAGCUAAACGUCAAAACUUUUAUUUUGGGGCUAAAUUAGUUCGUGGAGCUUAUUUAGAACAGGAAAGAGCGAGAGCUGCAGCUUUGGGUUAUCCCGAUCCAACGAAUGCUUCGUAUGAGGCAACUACUGAAAUGUAUCAUAAAACGUUAACGGAAUGUUUGAGACGUAUCAAAGAGAUGAAAACUAAAGGGGAGGACAUGAAAAAGAUUGGAAUUAUGGUUGCGUCGCAUAACGAGGACACAGUUCGAUUUGCUAUUCAAAAAAUGAAAGAAAUUGGCAUCGAGCCGGUUGAUAAAGUGAUCUGUUUUGGGCAAUUACUUGCUAUGUGCGAUUAUAUUACUUUUCCAUUAGGUCAAUCUGGUUAUUCAGCAUAUAAAUAUAUCCCUUACGGUCCCGUAAACGAAGUACUCCCUUAUUUGUCGAGAAGAGCCCAAGAAAAUAAAGGUAUCCUAAAGAAAAUUAAGAAGGAGAAGAGAUUGCUUAGUAGUGAAUUGUUGAGACGCUUCGCCACCGGCCGUUUCUGGUAUACUCCGAAAGGCAACUACGUUCCGGUGUAAAAAAAAUUAACGAAAUUGCGAAGAAAAAUGUAAAAAAAUCAAAAAAAAUUGAGAAAAAUGUGUAAGUCCGGAUGGUGUUUUUUCCCUUCGACGGAACAGUUCCUUAAUUCCCUUUUUAAAAAAUAUAUAUACAGUCACUUUAUUUAUUUUUGCCUUGAUUGUCCGUUUUUACGUUCAAAACUAUCGAAUUUGCCUACGUCAAAUCUCACCCCACACCAAUUCUGUAGGUUUUAAGUUAAUUUCCCUAGAACGUUGUUAGUAAACAAUAAUUGAUGAUGAAAAGAACGAGAAACAAGGAGGUUUCUUAGA